UUUCCAUUCACAAAAUGUGUUAAUAAGUAGGCUAUUAUGUUUAUGCUGUAAAUCUAAUUAAGUAAUUUAUUUUUAAUUAUAAUUUUUAUAUAUUUAAAAAAAAAUCGAUGAAACUUAUACAAGCAACAUUCACUGUACAAGAAAUCUAUUAUACUAUUUCAAUUUCCUAAAAACUGGGCUAAAAAAAAUAAAUAUAGGCAUGGUUUACGUAAGAUAGGUCGAUGAAAAAAUUCACCCAAGUUUUAAUUUACAAGAAAAUUCGCGAUUGAUUGAAAAGGCGAAAAAAAUCGAAGAAAAAACAUUCCGCAAGGGAUACCGCGUCGAAUAUAGCUGAAAAAGGGUGUUGAGAAAUUCCUUAGCGAAACAAUAUCCGCAUAAAUAAUUGUCAAAAGCCUGUCAAACCGUUGGCGAAAUAAAAACAAUUUAGAAAAUGUUAGAAAAUUUACAUUUGGGUGGAGCUGAAUUCCGGGUCAAGAGGACGGCAUGUGGAAAUACCAAGGCUAUAAUAUUUAAUUUAUUUACUUUACUUAGUGAAUGAAAAGUGCGGUGGUGAAAAUAGGGGUUUUACUAGAAUGAAAUGAUGGAAAACUGACACUAUCGGUGAGAUAAAGACAGACGGGCAACGAGAGGAUAACUUAUUCCCGGUACCUGAUUCUGGGUUAGUAACGACGAGCUCCACCUUAAUAUUGAUUUCUUGUUUUCGUGUUGCUUUUAUAAAAACCAACAGAGAAAAAUAAUCUGGUUUUUUGUACAUUUUUUUUUGGUGAUUAGAUAUUAUACAUUGAAAGAUAAGUGUUAAUAGAUAUUAAUUUUUCUAACCAGUGCUACCAAUUGUUAAAGUUUUUUCGAUUUAUGAACUUUCUUUGAACUUGGGGUAAUCUUGACUUGACAUUUUGUUGUAUAACGUUUUGCAUGUACCAUUUUGUAAGGCGCGACUUGUUACGAAAACGGACAUUUCGGUGGACCGUUUUCGCUCUUUAUUCGAUAUAUAUUGCAAUAAAAACUCAAUAACGGUUGUUUUAUUCAUUUCUUUUUUUCCUUUUUUUUUCUUUUUUACUUUUUAAUAUGUUUAAGAUUUUUUUUCAUUUUAAUUUAAUUAAGUGCAAGCAUUUUAGAGCUAUUGCCUAAUAUCACACACAGUAAUUUAUUAGUUUUAUGUUGGAACUUUGUAGUUGAACUUAUCGUAUGGUAUAUUAAGAUCGCUUCUAAGGUAAUAAAUUUAUUGAAAUUUUAUUAUUAUCCAUUCGUAAAUGCAUAUUGCAACGGCGCAUGAGCAAAGCUUUAUAGUUUGUAAUGAUAUAAAUUUUUACAACUAUAUUGUUUUUCUCACGUGCAUCGUUGUGAAAGAAUCCGCUUAACAGGCUUCGCGUCGACCACUCAAGUAAUUUGCUUUUAUUCAUCAUUUCGCCGGGUAGAACAUAGAGAGUAAUAAUAAAAAGAAUGAAACGCUAAAUUAGAUCAAUUAAUGAUUAUUUAUGGUAACAUUUUAAAUAAUUUUAAUGGUUAAAAAUAAAAUAAAAAUAAUAAUACUAUUUAGUUUAGCUUUAUUAGAAUGUAAUUUUUAUAAUUAAAUUAUUUAAAAAAAUAUAAAUUAAACAUUUUUUAAAGAAUGCUUAAAUAAGACAAUAUUGCCUUAAUUAUAUCGCUUUUUAAUUUAAUUACCGCUUAUUUGAAAGCUGGAUUAAGUAUCUUUGAAAAAAUAUAGUUUGCCCUAUACUUAUACCUAUACGUAUAGUUUUUUUUUCUCGAAAUAAAUACCUACUUCACUUUUCAUUUUGUUUUAUAAAUUAAUUUUAAUAUACCAACAUUCCGCAGUCGUUUAAUUCAACUACCCCCAUAUUAAAAUUCUCGUGAGAAUACAAAGCAAAUGAGACGUUAAAAGUUGUACAAUUUAGAAAAAGGGGAUGAAUUUCACACAUAAAACUUUACGACUUUAUAAAAUGAACAAGUUGAUAAGGUAAAAUUCAUUAAAAAUGAUGUUUGAAUGGAGAUACGAAGAGCCAUAAAAUCUGUAUUUUAAUAAAAGCAUCGCGUCAUUUUUUCACGCGAAAAUAUUGUCUAUGUAACCCUUUUCCAUUACAUAAACCACCAACCCUUGUACCGUUCGAUAAAGGCCUACGCUUGAAUAUCUUGUAAUAAAAUUAUUCGCAUAAAAAGAUUUACCCGACGUUGAAAAACCUGUGCCAAUCAUGUAUUUAUACGACAUGUCAGAGGGACCCCGAUUUUUUACAUUUUGCAAAAUAUGCUGAUGAAAUUUUUUUUAUCCUGUACUUUUUUUCUGUUACGAGAUGACUUCUUUAUACAUACCUACCUAGUCGAUAAUAUUGUAAAAUGUUGUACUAGAUUCGAUAAUACGUAUGAGUAGGCCUAGGUAUAUAAGUUCCACAUUUUUAAGCUGGGUUUCAAUAGGCCUAACAUCGCCGAUUUGAGGUCGAGAAACUGUAAUGGCUGAGGUAAGUUAUUAUUUUAUUUCAAUUUUUAUACAUUUCACUUCCAUCAUCGAUUGCAGAGCAAUUGUUGUGUUUUACACAUGUAAGUUUUCAACACGAAAAAUAUCUAUGACUACACCCAUCAAAUGCACGCAUAUAGUACAAACAAAAUACAAAAUCCAAGCGUACAAUUUUUCAUGAUUUACAUUCUCACACACGAUCAUUUUUUUUUUGCCAUUAAUCAUGGUGAGAUACCUAAAUGAAAUUCAAAUGCUACAUGAACAUUAAUUAAACAUAGUACGAUCAACAAUGAUAUGCCUAUGGACUUUAUUCAUUCUGAAUUCUAUUUUUCUCACUAGGCAUUUCUCCAGACAAUUUAACACACCCUUAUCUCAGAAAUCUAAAUCAUUGAAUAGAAAGAAACAUAUUGUAAAAAUGUGGGUCAUGCUGUGUUCUUGUUUUCGGACAAUAAUUUCAAAUUCAAUUCAUAUUUCAAAAAAAUAGAUUACUUUAUAUUUUUCAUCUUUCGUAAAUUUUUACCAUAUGGUAGAGUAGAGUAGGGUAGAGGUGAUGAGAUCAAAAGUUGAAAAUAAAAAUACAUAGGCUGUUCAUUAUUUUUUUAAGAUUUCGUAAAUCACUUCAAUUUAGAACCCAGAAGUUCAGAAUCAAACCUAAUUAGACAUCAGUGUUCCCUUGCUGACUUGAGAGUUGACUUUCUAAUUUUCAGGGUUUUCAAGUUUUCAUUUUUCAACUGUUCAUCGUUAAUUCGUUAUCGUUAUCGAUUAUUUUUUCGCUUACUGGCUUACUAUUUCUAUUUGAUUGUCUUAAUAUUGUAUUUCUAUUUUAUAUUUCAUUUUCUUUUAAUUCUUUUCUAUUUAAAGUCCAGAAUUAUUUUUGAUGAUGAAUUGAAAUUUAAAAUUAAAUUAAAAUUAAAUUUUGAAAAUGAACCAAGGUUUGAUAAUUAAGGUUGUUGUAUCCUAGAAUUAUAAUUGUACAAAAUCGUUCGAUAUGAAAGCCAAAAACGAAUGAACAUUCCUUGCUACUUUCUAUGUUAACCUUGGAUUAAAUUUUUAUUGAUAAGAUUUGAAAAAAAUUUAAUGAAUAUCAAGUAAUUUUACGCCUGUAGCCUUCACAAUCAAUUGACGUGUCUUUAUUUAAAAAAUGAUAGUAAUUUGAACAGAACGAAAUAUGAAUUCUUCGUAUUGCCUGUCACUCUCAGACAACCCUCUGAGGUUCGAACCUUUGAGGAAAAUGACUUCUGUAUUCUACGACUACGAAUCCAAAGAAAUUUUUACAAUUAUCCAUUCCGACGAAGUUAUGCAAAUUAUUGUUGAAAACACUACCACUAGAAAGAAGACCAUAUAUUACGUGAAACACAUAAGACGUGUGAUAUCUUUGAAAUUUUCCCCUGAUCAAAAAAUCUUAGCCAUUCAACACGAUAGUACUUCAGUAGAUUUUAUUACUUUUCAUAAUGGCACACAAGCGUCGUCGUUUACACAGUCUUCCAAAAUCAACAAUACAGAGAUAUUGGGAUUUAUAUGGGUCAAUGGAUCUGAAGUUUUAUUCGUUACCAAAUUAAGCUUAGAAUUAUAUCAGGUUGAAUUCGGGAAAAGAACGUUGAAGUAUUUAAAAUGCGUCAACAUGAAUAUCCUGUGGUUUUUAUACCAUCCUAAGACGAAUUUAAUCCUUUUAAGUAUCGGUAGUACUAAUUUACAACCAUUUUAUGUAACCGAUGGAAAUUUCAACAAGUUACCUAAGCUAGAAAUCGAAUACUCGCCGUUUCAAAAGCAAAUUAAACCGAGUACGAUUCAUCAGAAAGAUGUGAUUUUGACUUCGUGUUAUAGUCAUACUCGUGUAAUGAUUUUUCAACAUUCUCAAGGAGGAUCGUUUCCUGGAACUGAUAUUGUUAUUUAUACGAUCAGCAAAACAGCGCCUCCGAAAAAAACGCACGUUUUAAAACUGAAUUUAUGUGGACGGUUUGCUGUGAACAUAGUUGACGAUUUAAUCGUAGUUCAUCAUCAAGUUUCCAAAACUUCGUUUUUAUUCGACAUUGGUUUAUCAAUCAGAGAAGAAGAUUCGGUUUCUACAUUAAAGCCUAUCAUCGAAGCCAUGUCCAUUGAACCACCUACUGAUAUCGAAUCCGAAUUGUAUUCUUCUCACUGGGUGACUUUUCAACCGAAUAUUAUAAUAGAUGUAGGAAUAGGUGCAUUUUGGUAUUUGAACCUAAACUUGUCAACGUUUUUAAAUCUAAUGAAAGAUAAAUGCAUACUGACGGAUUUUCUCCUGCAAAGAACUUCUGGAAAAGAAUACCUCAUCAAAAUGUUGAAUGACGUAAUGAUAAACGAAAACAGAAAUCUAGAGGAAAUAGCCACGCUAUUCAAUCGCCUGAACCUCGUUUAUAAAGAUAAAUUAGAGCUAGAAUUCCAAAGUCAAGUCGGUUUGCCCGUUUCAUCUUCAGUUACCGUACAAAUUUAUAAGCCUUUGAAAACAGUCAAAAUUGUGCUGAAUCAAUUGGACAUGUACUCUAAUGUAUUUUCCAGAUUCGCUGAUUACGCUUAUAAAUCCACUCCAAAGAAUCGUAAAAUAUUUAUAUGGAUACUGCUCGAAUAUAUAAGAUCGUUGACAGAUCAUAACGUUUCGGUUCAACAUUGCAUUAACGAAUUACUUAUCAAUACUCUGGUGCUGAAUAAAUGCUUUAAUGAGCUUCAUCAAAUACUACAAUAUCAUGUUAUUUCGGAUUCAAAGCCCUUAGCGUGUUUAUUACUCUCGUUGGAAAACGUUUAUCCUCCAGCUCAUCAAUUAGCAUUAGAUAUGUUGCAUCGAAUGGCCAACGCUACCGAAGAAAUAACCGAAGUUUUACUUUCCAAACAACAAGUGAUUUCAGCCUUGAGGUAUAGUGACACUUACGGUACCGAAAGCGAAAUUUCAUUUAGAAAAUACCUCGAUGUCGCUCAUUCUGUAGACGAUCCGGAUGUAUUUUAUUCGAUAUUCGUCGAGCUAGAAAAUCGCGAUAAAACAAGAACGAAAAAUGUAUGCCAAUUAUCGAGCGGAGGCCAUUGCGACGUUUACGUUAAAGCUUUCCAAGACCGUUAUCGAAAAAAUGCCAUUAAUACGGAAAAUUAAUAACGAAAGGACGCUUUUUACCAUAUAAGCUUUCGUUUCCAAUUUAUAACAUAAAUUACUAGACUAUUAAAUUCAAAUAUUAUGCAUAGAACAUUGUAUCCAAUUUGACUGAAUUAUUUUAUAAUUUCUCAAUUUCAUAUGUCAUAUUUUUUUUUCAUUUAUUAUAAAUAAAAUCUUUCAUACUUGUUUGUGAUACAUAAACCUA